UCCACAGCCAGCCAGCAGCCAAGACACGCCGCAACGAGCACAAGGCUCAACAACGGCACAGCGCAUCCCUCAACUUUGACUACACCCACACCACCACGACGCCCGCAACGCGAGCACCCCUAACACACCCUACCCCACCCCCAAUCAGCCACCACGCCGCGCGCUACGAGGAGCAGCAACAUGCCGCCUGCAGUCACGGCUGCAGCGCGGCGGGCGAAGCGGGUGAUCGAGAGCGAGACGCCCGAGUCGAGCGAGCCCGAGCCCGAGGAGGAGGAGGGCGACGACGACGGCGACGAGGAGGAGGACGACGGCGACGGCGAUGAGGAGGAUGCCGAGGACGCCGACGCCGACGCCGACGACGGCGAGGACGAGGUCGAGAUGGAGAUUGACGACGAGGUCGAGGACGAGGAGGGCGCCGAGGACGAUGAGGUGGAGAGCGAGGACGCUGUCGGGGAGGAUGACGAGGAGGAGGCGGAGGAUGAGGACGACGACGACGCGUCGGCGGCCCCGAGCCCCUCGGGACUCAAGAUCAAGCUCCGCGUCGCGGGCGCGGAGGAGGGCGGGCGGGGCAAGCGCGCGGCGGCGCAGAAGGCAGCCAAGAAGACGAAGCGGACGGCAAGGGAGGCCGAGUUGGGAUCCGACCAAGACGAGAUCUACGAAGAGGACGACCUCGACUCGCGCGCGCCAUCCCCGUCCAAGAUGACGGCGCGCCAGCGCGCAAAGCAGAACAAGGACCUGCAGGACACGCUCAUCUCGCUCCCGGACGGCCAGCCAAAGGUCAAGCCGGUGCUCACCGAGGCCGAGCGGCUCCAGAAGCGCGAGGAGAUGGCGCGCAGGCGCAAGCGCCAGAACGAGCAGCGUCUGCAGGACGAGCAGGACCAAACGAUCAACCGCCUCCUGCGUGCGCAGACGGGCCGCUCGCGCUCCAAGCUCGACGGCCCCAGUCCCAUGCCCGACGCGGAGGACUCUGCCGCGGCGUCGGGGCGCGCGAGCGGCGUCUCGAGCCCGACGAAGCGCGUCGCGCCCCCGCCAGAGGGGGUGCGGUACGUGUCCCGCCUGCAGGGCGAGGACGUUGUGCUGUCCGUCGCCGUGCGCGCGGGGCGCGAGAGCUGGCUCGAUAUCGGCGGCGGCGGCGGCGGCGGCGGCGCGGCGGUGCCGGCCAAGCGUGACGCUAGUGGGACGUGUGCCGCCAAGGGGUGUGCCCUGCCCCGCAAGUACCGCGCUGUUGCGCGCUUCGAGACGGGCGGGUGCUCGCUUGCGCAUCUGAAGGAGGUUGAGGCGGGGCUCAAGUAG